UUUUGUACUUUAAUACGCGAAUGGCCGAAUGAAGUUUAAAUUCUUCGCUCGACCUUGAUCGUUAAUUUCUCGGAACGCAACGGCAUAUUCGUGUUUUUACUAGUUUGGUUAUGUUAACUCCUGCGGUAUCGGAUACAAUUUGCUGACAUAACCAAUAAGCAGAUACUAGAUCGCGAAAUAUAAAUCUGUUUCAAUUUUCUCAUGGGCUUUAUUGAUGAUGAACUGCAAGAAGUGUCAAAACUCUGUCAAAAUGUCGUCGAUGGUAGCCGUCUCGUCUCUUGUGUGCGCACUAUGGUGCGAGUGGAAAUAACAAAAACAAAGUUCAAAACAAUUGUUGCGUGCAUUCAAUUUCCAAAAGAGUAUCCCCAUAAUCCAUUGCUAACUGAAUUGAAGAGCAAAACACUGUCUGCAAAGUUACUGGAUGGACUGACAGAAGUUUGUGAAAAAGAAUGCAAGAAACUUUUGGGCGAAGCUCAAGUGCUUCCCACAUUGAAGCUAAUCCGUAAUUUCAUAGAGGAAAAUCCUUUAAUCUGUUGCUAUGAUGAGAUUUCUACCUUAAAAAAGAUAUUGCAGAUCGAUGAUGAAUUAAAAUUGAAGCAGAAACAUUCUUGCGUUGGCCUUAAGAUUCAACAAGGAUUAUAUUACUUUAAGGCUAAGAUUGAAGUACCAGAUAAUUAUCCGAUUGAUUGUGUAAAAUUAGAAGAUGCUGACACAAAUUUCCCACCACUAUUUACUCGCUACUUUUUGGGUCAAGGAAGAGAAUUAGGCAGACAAUGUGUUGAGUCACCACUAAAAAAGCAAUUACAGAAAACACCUUUUACACCAUCACCAUCCCUGAACAUUGUUGCUUCUUUCCUUAUAAGAGCUGUAAAGACUUUACCUCAAGAGCAUUGUCAGUCUUGCAAAGGAUUAUGUCUACCAAUAAACCCAGAAGAAGCAGAAACCAAUGAACAUGCAGAUAUGCAUGUGGAAAGACUAUAUUGCAGUCAUUUGUUUCAUUUACAAUGUCUGGUGACAUUCAUGAAGACUCCCCCAUUCCAUGGGGGUAAGAAAUGUCCAACGUGUGGAAAACGUAUCUACCAUGACAAGUGGGGACUAAGUGACAAGCUUGCAGAGGACCGUUGGGCACACCAACAAGCAAGAGCAAGAGAAUUGUCAGAAGUGGCUGACUUCUUUAAUUGAAAUAUAUAUUUCAUGAGAAACUAGGACAGAUUAAUGAGA